AUGAAGAAAUCUGCCACGCUCACUUUCGCGUCUCAGGUCUCCAGAUCUCGGUGGAAAGGCUUUAUCGAGCGCAUGGCUAAUUCUCACAGGUAUGACGACGGUGAAGUCGUUAGAUAUGGUGCUGGAGAGUCUUGGAGGCCAACCCCGCGGGAGCGAUCGCCUAGAAGACCGAGGAGCCCCGUAAGAGACCGAGCAAGAAGUCCGCCACGUACCAGAAGCCCUCGCCCUCGAAGCCCUAUCAUACCCGGAUCAGAUAGCUAUGUGCCUGGUAGAUAUCCGCCGCGAAGGCGCUCUCGGAGUAUAAAUGAUCGGUACCGCCGCGAUCGAUCCAGAGACCGCGAAAGCCCUCGAAGGCGCGAGAGAAGCCGAUCUCCCAUGAGAAGAUCACCACUGCCUCGCCGGAGUCCACCUAGAAGAGAGUCGCCGGCAAGGGAGAACAGAUACGACCGACCAAGAUCCCCGCGACGGGAAUGGGAGCGCGAUAGGCCUAGAGAUAUAGACCGUGAACGGGACUGGGACCGUGAAAGAAAUCGACCUAGGGAAUGGGAGCGAGACGCCGAGAGGCGCGACGACAGGAGAUCACGCUCUCCAUUCGUUCGAGACCGCCGUCGCGAGAGGACUCCGCUAGGGAAAACAACGCCUAUUGCUGUCCGUGGCGGUGUUUACAGGCCUCGUUCUAGGUCACCCAAUCGACGAGACGACAGAUUUAAUUCAUAUAAGCGACAUUCGCCGAUGCGAGAACCCGGGCCUAUGUCUGCGCUACCGUCCCGACCUGCUUCAGAAAGAGCAGAUUCUCAAUCACAGUCGGCCAAAACUCGUUCGCCCAUUACCUUGGAAGGCUCCCCUCCCCACCGUUCUGCGACACCAGUUGCAGCUGUCAAAGACAUCCAACGGCCCAUUGGAAACGAAACUGCCUCUGGCCCUUUAAAAUCACCGCCACGUGGCCCUGCAGCGUUACGAGCACCACCCAUCGGCCCUGCUGCUGCUCGUACACUUUCCACCUCAGCAACAAUGCCUAUUCCGCAGACGCAGCGAAUUCCUCAAACACCAAACGCGAUGCCGCACAGAACAGACACUACAAGUCCAACAAACCCGCCUUCAGGGCCUCGAGGUUACAUCCCAUUAAACAGAGGAUCUUCUUUUUCAUCCCGUGGCGGGAGGGGAGGAUGGAAUUCAGCGCCGCCUCGCCAUCUAUCUGGCCCACCACCGGCAUCAGCUGCGACAAGUGGCCCUUCUAAUAUCCCCACUGGUCCUCGAGCAUCUAUCUCAAAUGGAUCCGGCGUAGGAAUGUCUUCUACUCAACGACCAUUCAAUCCACCCACGGGCCCCUCGGCUCAACAUGGCAGCGGACCAAGACAGACCCUUGCUCAAAGCCUGUUGGCGACGAUGCCCCCUCUAGUUCCCGGCGGGAAAACAGAUCCAACCAUGACACCCCUAGUACUCGGUGUCACGAAGGAGAUUGAACCACACUACAGAAAGCUAAAAGACGAAGAGGAAAAAAUACGGGAAGAACUACGACUCAAGCAAGAGCGGCUUCGAAAGAGCCUUUAUUCGUGGUCUAGACUUGAUCGGGACGCCAGGGCAUGGGAGAUGAGAAGUGACCUGAGCGAGAAGAGCAUGAAGAAUUUGGCUGGUGAAGGCGUUGGCGGUGCAGCCUUUUAG